AUGGCAAAGAAUGAUGCUGUGAUUCAGAGCCAAGCACUUUCUCUUCGCAAUCUGGAAAUUCAGUUGGGGCAACUGGCCAAUGAUCUGAAAAAUAGGCCCCAAGGUUCUUUGCCUAGUGAUACCGAGAAUCCAAGGAGGGAUGGUAAAGAACACUGCAAAGCAAUUAAUCUACGGAGUGGGAAAAUUCUGGAAAUUAAUGAUGAGAAAACAAAAGGCAGCAAAGAGCCCACUUCAAUCCAAACUGAAGGGGAAAUGAGUAAAAAACCAGCAAGUUCAGCUGCUGAAUUCAGCCCAGUUGAUACAGCAUCGGGUCAGCAUUCUGCUGCAGAAAAGACUUUACACAAGCCACCUCCACCAUUUCCUCAACGUUUUAAAAAACAACAGCAAGAUGGGCAAUUCAGGAAGUUUCUGGAUGUUUUGAAGCAGCUCCAUAUCAAUGUUCCCUUAGUGGAAGCCUUGGAGCAAAUGCCCAACUACGUGAAGUUCUUGAAAGAUAUUUUGACAAAGAAAAGGAGGCUGGGUGAGUUCGAAACAGUUGCUCUAACAGAAGGUUGCAGUGCUAUGUUGAAAAGCAAAAUUCCUCAUAAAUUAAAAGAUCCAGGCAGUUUUACAAUUCCAUGUUCCAUUGGUGGGAGAGAUGUGGGAAGAGCUUUAUGCGAUUUGGGUGCUAGUAUUAAUCUAAUGCCUAUGUCUAUUUUCAAGAAGUUGGGCAUUGGUGAAGCUCGGCCAACCACAGUUACAUUGCAGUUAGCGGACAGAUCAAUGGCUCAUCCGGAAGGGAAGAUUGAGGAUGUACUAGUGCAGGUUGACAAGUUCAUAUUCCCGACCGAUUUCAUCAUUCUUGACUAUGAAGCGGAUCGAGAAGUACCCAUAAUAUUGGGGAGGCCAUUUCUUGCCACAGGGAGGACUCUGAUUGAUGUGCAAAAUGGAGAGCUUACCAUGAGGGUGAAGGAUCAACAAGUGACCUUUAGUGUUUUCCAAGCCAUGAAGUUUCUGGAUGACAUAGAAGAAUGUUCUAGUUUGAGUGUACUUGAGACACUUGUGGCUGAAACCUUUAAUAAAGAAAUUUGCAAGGCUGAUUUGGGGCUGAAUAUCUUUGAGGAUGAUGAAGAAUCUAGCAAUGAAGAGGAGUCCCAAGUCACUUGGGUAGAGUCCAGCAAACCAGCCAUGAAAUUCAGCAAGCAUUUUGAGUCUUUAAAUCUGUCGGAAGGGAAUUUUAAGCCUCCAAAGCCCUCUAUCCAAGAACCACAAAAACUGGAGUUGAAACCGCUGCCCAGCCAUUUAAAAUACGCCUACUUGGGGGACAAUGAAACGCUGUCUGUGAUUAUUUCAGCGUAUUUGGGAGCUGAAGCUGAAUGUUUACUGCUAGAAGUGUUGAAGAAGCAUAAUAGGGCAAUCAGCUGGACUAUGGCAGACAUAAAAGGCAUUAGCCUGACAUUUUGUAUGCAUAAAAUACUGCUGGAAGCUGGCUAUAAUAACUUUAUUGAGCAGCAACGAAGGUUGAAUCCCAUCAUGAAGGAGGUAGUUCGGAAAGAAGUGAUUAAGUGGCUGGAUUAUGGCAUAGUUUACCCGAUUUCAGACAACUCUUGGGCCAGCCCAGUUCAGUGUGUCCCUAAAAAGGGAGGAGUUACAGUAGUGACUAAUGAUAACAAUGAGUUGAUUCCCACAAGAACGGUGACUGGUUGGCGAGUUUGCAUGGAUUAUAGGAAGCUUAAUGAAGCCACUCGGAAGGACCAUUUCCCGCUGCCAUUUAUUGACCAAAUGUUGGAUCGGUUGGCUAGAAAGGAAUUUUACUGCUUUCUUGACGGAUAUUCAGGUUAUAACCAGAUUUCUAUAGCUCCGGAAGACCAGGAAAAAACAACAUUCACUUGUCCCUACGGCACCUUUUGUUGGGUUUUAUGCCCUUAA